AUGAAGGACUUGGCCGCAAGCAAAUGCCAAACAACAAGCUUUGGAAACGCAGCCAUCAAAGGUUCCGAGGUUUUCAAGCAAGGCUUGUCCCGACGUGAUCAGCAGCGAGAGAUUAGGGAAAUGCUGUGCAUUAGUCUCUGCUGCUUGCACAUCUUUUCGCUAGUGGGCAAGCUUUGGUUUUUCAGUAUGCCUUCACAUAAGGACAGACCAAAGGGGCAUGUCAUGCAGCCGGAUGUGUCUUCGGACAGGCAGGCACUCAUCGAUUUCAUGAAGUUUGCAGAUCCACAAAACAGAAUCUUGCAAUGGAACGUCUCCAGCCUCAAUCCAUGCACGGAUCAAAACGCCUGGCAAGGGGUCAGUUGCAAGAAGCCAGACAUCGGCCGUGUCACGUUUCUGGAGCUCGAGAACUUGGAUCUUCCGGGAACGAUAGCACCAAACACGUUGAGCAGGCUAGAUCAACUCCGAGUUCUAAGGCUCAUCAACGUCUCGCUCUCCGGGCCCAUUCCUCCCGAUCUCUCCAGCUGCAUCCACCUCAAGCAACUCAUCUUGCUCGGCAACAAGCUCACCGGUAAUAUCCCUGCCUCGCUAGGCACGCUGGCCAUCUUAGAUCGCUUGUCACUCCGAAACAAUCAGCUGGAGGGAGAGAUCCCGCGGGAACUCAGCAAUCUCCAGGAAUUGCAGACGCUCGGGCUCGACUACAACUCUCUCACAGGUCCGAUCCCAGAUAUGUUUUUCCCCAAGAUGACAGACUUCGGUGUCUCCCACAACCGAUUGACUGGCAGCAUUCCAAAAUCACUCGCAUCCACAAGCCCAACUUCAUUCGCAGGGAACGAUCUUUGUGGGCCGCCAACUAACAACACUUGCCCACCACUACCAUCGCCCUCGUCUCCACAGAAUGCCCACUCGGAACCUCGCUCUUCUGAAAGAGACAAGCUCAGCUCCCCAAGCAUCGUAAUCAUUGUCGUCUUCAGCCUCGCCAUCGUCGUGUUUAUCUGUCUCCUCCUCAUGUUCUACUUCAGGAGCGACGUCAAAAACAAGCCUGUGACGCACAAAUCGAAGAGUCCCGAGAAAAAAGAUGGCGGAGAGGUGCAAAGCAUAGACUCGGCGAGCAUGCAGUUCCCGGAGCAGCGAGGAUCAGUGGAGGGUGAAGCCGGGAGGCUAAUUUUCGCUGCCGAGGACAACCAACACAGCUUUGGCUUGAAAGAAUUGCUUCGGGCAUCUGCGGAGAUGCUUGUUCCCAAGGGCACUGUGGGAACAACGUACAAGGCUGUCCUGGGCGAAGGUGUCGUAUUCGCAGUAAAGCGGCUGAUUGACAGAAACUUGACGGAGAAACCCGAGUUUGAGAAGCAGCUUGCGUUUGUAGGCAGGCUCAAGCACCCAAACUUGGUUCCGCUGGUGGCCUACUAUUACUACGCGCAAGAGGAGAAGCUCCUGGUCUACGACUAUCUCCCAAACAAAAGCCUCUACACUCGUUUGCACGCCAACCGAGGAACGAACGAGCGGGAACUACUGGCAUGGCCGGAUCGCUUGCAGAUAGCCUACGGCGUAGCGCAGGGGCUGGCAUUUCUUCACCGGGAGUGCCCAACAAUGCCACACGGAAACUUGAAAUCCACCAACGUAGUAUUCGAUGGAAAUGGGCAGGCUUGCAUUGCGGACUUUGGGCUGCUGCCGUUUGCGAGCGUCCAGAACGGUCCGCAGGCGAGCGAUGGCUACAGGGCACCGGAGAUGUUUGUGGCCAAAAAGGUGACGCACAAGGCAGAUGUCUACAGCUUCGGGGUGAUGCUGCUGGAGCUCUUGACGGGCAGGGUGGCGGCGAGGCAGGGCAGCAGUGUUGACCUGCCCAGGUGGGUCAACUCCACGGUCCGCGAGGAGUGGACCGCCGAGGUGUUUGACUACGAGCUCGUCACCUACAGGAGAAACUCCGAAGAGGAGAUGGUGUAUCUGCUGAGGAUUGCACUCGACUGCGUUGCGUCCAAUCCGGAGCAGCGACCCAAGAUGGCCCAGGUUGUGAAGCUGAUUGAAGACAUCAAGUCUCCGGAGCUCAGCAGCAGCGACAUGUCUUUCUCGAUAGAACACCUGCCGGGAUCAGUGGAGCAGUGA